AUGGGGAAGGUUUUGAAAAAGAAGGCUGGUUCAGCAAAGAGAACCGCUGUUCAGGCGGCUACUGAACCUGUGAGUUCUUUUUAUUAUUCUAUGUAAUCAUUUUUGUUUUAGGCCAAGAAAAGAACGAAAAAAGAGGAGGAUGAGAAGCAAGGUUUGUAUGUAUGGACUUUCUUCAAUUUAUAUUCGGUUGCUGAAUUUUAAGAAAAUGUUAGAGUACUGGACAAGCUAGUUGCACGGCCGGAAAAAAUUUGAAAAAAAGCGGUACUGCGGUGAGACCCGGGCGAUAUCGUCAGCGAGUACCAUGUCGGAUCGCGCCGUUCAUCUUGCGUGUGAAGAGGAAAUUUCUUCAUUUUUUUUUUCUAGCGUCAGAGUGAUAUGAAAUGUACAGAAUUUAAUAAAUUUUUUUAGGCUUUUUCCAGUUAUAUUAUAUGAUACUCUGAGAAGUCAUAUGAGAAUAAUUUCUACAGGUAAUGAAAAUAUCCUAGUUAAUGCAAAUACAUAAACUAGGAUGUUUUUUUUACACAAAAGAGGCUUAGAAAUUUUUUUUUACCUUUUCAAACUUUGAAAAUAUGAAAAUAUAAUCAUUAUAAGAAUCUGUAAAUUUUCAGAACUACGUCAAUUUUUAAGUUUUAUUACAAAAAUUAUCAUUACAGAAGAAGUCGAAGAGUUGGAUGACGUGGAGGACGAAGACGAAGACGAAGAAGAGCUCAGCGAUGAAGACGACCAGGAUGCUCCAAGUGACGGCGACGAUAAUGAGCUCGAUUUUAACUUUGAAGCAUUUCCCAUGGAGGAAGGCGACCGCGAGGGUCUUUUUAACAUCCUGACGCAGGUGAAGCGCAUUUGACAGGGUAAACUGAAUAAUUAUUGCGUUUUUCAGAUAUUUUUACGGGCUGAAGUUGAUACGAAAGUUUUGGCCGACGCGUUGAUCGCUCAAUCGCCUUUUGGAUCGGUUGUUGGGGCAAGUCUUCAUACAACCUUCCACUAUUGCCGCGUUAAAAGCUUUAAAUUAUUUAAAUUCUAUCCAACUAAAUCAGAAAUGAAGCUGUCUUCUAUGUCUUUUUCAAAAAAAUUUUUUAAAUAGGAAAACUCUUUUUUUGUUCUGUUUUUUUGACACUCCUUUUGCCUGGAUCAGAGAGAAACCUUCUUCAUAUAUUAUGAAAUGUAUAUUUUUCGCUCACAGACAUAAAUCUGUGGUGUGAAGGAAGAGGACCAGGAAAUUAUCAAAAAAGAAAGUGAUAUAUAAUAAUUUAUUAGUCGUUCCACGAUUUAUUUUCAAAACGAAAAACUUUUCAUUUCAGCCUGCAGAUGAUGAAUCUGAUGACGAUGAUCCAAACGCCGUCUACGCCUUGUUCAGUGUCUUGCCAUUAACUUAUCACGUUACACUUUUCCUUUUGAACUUGAUAUAUUUGAUUUUUCAGGGCGUCACUGAAGAGUAUGCGAAGGAGGUGACAAAUUAUAUUCUCAGCCGAGCCAAGAAGUAUGCUAAUAAAGAGGUUUGAACAGCAAAUUCCAAGUUUACAGCGUUCUUUUUCAGUUUCUAAGAAGGCUUGAAGAGAUUUUGGGCGAGUCUACGGCUCUUUUCAUAAACGAACGAUUCUUGAAUUUUUCCCAAGAAAUAAUUCCACCCGCGUUCAGAAGUUUGAGGUAUUUUUCAAACUUUCGAAAAAGAAGUUCAUUCAGAGAAGACGUUGCGGGAUCGAAAAAGCCAGUCGAAAACUUUAUCUACAUCCAAAAGAUCCGCAUCGCAGAGAAAGGAGCAGAGGAUGAAAGUGGACCUUCGAAAAGCAAACGGAAAAUGGGCAAAGCCGAAAAGGUGAUCGAUCAUGAGCGAGCGCUGCUUUUUCGCCUUUGAGAACGAACAUUUUGACUUUCUUAAUUAUCAUAAAAGAGUGUCUAUUUCAAGCUCUUUCUUGUUUUUCACUCACCUUUUUAAGAAAAUCGAUUUAUAUUUGUUUUUUUCUUUUCUUCUUCUUCUUAUUUCUAAAAUCUCCCUCGUUCAGAAAAGGUUGGCAGCCGCUUCCCUCUCCAUGGCACCGACGAUUUUCGACAACGCGGAAGAUGAGUUUUUGACAAAGGUUGGUUCAGAGAGUAGUUUUCGUCAGUCUUACCAUAUUCGAAAAUUAUUUGGCUUUCCAGUACCUUUGUUUCAUAUAUCCAAUUGGCCGCUUAGAAAUGAGCGGUAUUGUUGGAUUCUAUUUCACGUGAAACAUUAAUCGAUUAAUCGGCAAACCCAAAAAAAAUCCCUCUUUUUGCAGAUAACCGAAGGCUCAGAAAUUCAUUUCGACUUUCCUGUUCAUAUGGACGUCGAGCCCGGCAGCAAGUUUCACUCAAUUGAGAAAAAUGGACAGAAGUACAUGCCAUUCCGACGCGUCACGAUUCUAGAUGGAAAAAGGUAGUUUUCAGAGCGAAAUCUUCAAGUUUUACGAUUUUUCAGGCUCGACGCUUUUUUGAAACGAGAAGGAGCUCUAUCAUAG